AUUCAUUAAAGCAAAUAAAUAUGAACGCUGGCAGAAAAGGAAUGAAAAGUAAAUAUUGUAAAAUAUCGAGUAGUGGACGAGUAGUCAAAACACCGAAGAAUGUUAUGACUACAUCCUCGGACGAAGAGCUUACUAAGCGUAUGAAAAAAAAGAGCAGCAAGCAGUACUCUGUGCAAGUGGAGUUGAACAAACUUGAAGGACUAGUAGAAUAUAUGCAAAAAAAUGACGCCUUUCCGAAAACCGAUACAACUAAUGCAAAUAAAUCGAAUGAUACGAUUCAAAAUUCAACUAUGAAAGAUUUACAAGAAAAAAAUCUAAAUCGUGAAGUACACGUUCCCCAACCGAAUAAGCAUGCAAAUGAUGAUACUCCGCCCGUUGAUGGGUUUGUGAAGAAAACAUCGGUACAUGCUGAACAUAAUCGCGCGCUUGACGCAUUAAACAUGCAAGAGACUUGCAAAUGCAAGACAAAUAACCAAGACAUUCAUGACAAAUUAACGGAUCUUCAAGACAAAGUUAAUUCUUUAAUCGAGAGCCAGAAUGCCUUAAAAGAGAUCAUGGAAAAGAUUGUGGAAAAUGAUAACGUUCAUGUCGAUGGCGUUAAUUUAAGAAAUACGUUUUACGAGGGGUUAGAGGGCUUCCCAAUGAGUACCGUUGAGGAAUUUAAGGAGCUAGAAAGCGAUGCCAAGAAGAAUGAUCGAAGGAAGCUGUACAAUUACUUGCGAGGGUUAGGAGGAUGCAAAUUACGAGAAUUUCUCUAUAAUGCUAUAAAAACGAUUAUGACUGACAGUUUGGUCUCGAAAUUCACGUGGCCCGUUAGUAAUGUUUCGGAGAAAUUUGGGGACACAAAAACUAUGAAUAUUAUAUAUUUGGCAGCACAGAAAUGCACUUUGUUUAAUGGUCCGCAGGAUAAGGCUUCCUGCAAAGUUGAAGUCCAGGAAGUCUUACGGCCAUAAAACAAAGAUAUCGCACAAAUUUAAAAAAAAAUCGACUGCCUCUUCAUCAAGAGCAGCAGCUAAACGACAAAGUGGAUGAAUCUGAUUUAUCGAACAAUCAGAGCGAAUAUAAAACUGAAUGAAUAUGAGCGAAUAUGAAUAAGCUGUGAAAUAAUAUAGCUUUGUUUUCUAUUUUCACUUAAAUAGUUUUAC